CCGAAGGUGACCCACUUAAAUCUCAUGGUCGCAUAAUCGUCAACCGUCCGCGUCAAGCUCCAGCUCAGCUUCCUUUCCCACGGCAAGCUCCAGAGCCCAAAUCACAAAAUGUUACCCCUCGGUCUCUUGAACGCCGCCCAAGGGCACCCUAUGCUCGUCGAGCUGAAGAACGGCGAAACCCUCAAUGGCCACCUGCUCAUGUGCGAUACCUGGAUGAACCUCACAUUGAAGGAGGUCGUCCAAACGAGUCCGGAAGGCGACAAGUUCGUCAAGAUACCCGAAGUUUACGUCAAAGGAAACAACAUCAAAUACCUACGAGUACCCGACGACAUCAUUGACGUUGUGAAGGAGAACCAACAGAACCAGCAAGGAGGAUUCCGCGGUGGCAGAGGUGGAUCGAGAGGAGACCAUGGCGGCCGCGGAGGCGACAGAGGUCGGGGCAGAGGCCAGGGCCGUGGAGGUAGAGGAAGAGGUAACCGUGGUGGUGGUGGGCAAUGAUGAUAUCCCGGACACGAUCAUGACGAGCCCAGUUGAUACACGGCUUCCAGCGGCUACUUUGCACGAUUUGCAAGAAGAUUGCGGCCUCCAGAAGGCUAUAGACAUCCACAUUGGACGUCUCACACGAAAAGAAAUCCGAAUGCGGAUGCCAUUCGGAAUUACAAGGCCAUUGGAUCAGCAUUGCGUUUUUGGCCUUUGGCCGCCCGCCUUGGGAGCACGCCUAUCAACAUAAUCAUUUUACGUUUAAAAAGCAAGAAGAGAUUCCCAUGAGACGAUGCUUCUUCAUAUGCCAGCCGUGAUGCUUGUGCAUGCUCGUCGUCUAUCGCGAAGCGCAUUCAAUGUCG